CAGGGCUGAAGAGAAGCACCCGCGCACAUCACGAGGACCAAGAACUGCGCGAGUAGCACGGACUCUGAGACAUGGGGAAGAGCAGACGGAGAGCGGUGAGUUGGUCAGUGGAGUGAAACGGGUGAGUCCAAGAGGACUGAACUGCGCAGCGCAGCAGGUUCGCCGCCUCAUCCGCACCACGCCUCACCCUUCCACUUGCAGGCAUUGCCUGCGCUCCACUCCAGUUCUCGGCUGCGCGGCUCCAGAGAAGGAUAGGUAGGGAGAGGCGCAGGCGCUCGCCCCCAAUCCCAUCUCCAAUUCUGCCACUCCGAGCCCCUGUUGCUGAGCCAGAGGAGGUGCCCACGAGAGGCAAGAGGAGGGGGCGGCAAAGAGGGAAAAUAAGGGGGUCACGAGUUUGCUGUAAUCUUUCAGAUCUGCUGCGCUCCAAAGACGAAGUCGAGGUUCUUGGAAAGGCUCGAACCAUGGCCGAGGGAAAGAAACACCAUGGCGAGUAGAAUUGGCCGGGUUUCCUUGAUCUUCCUUUUGCGCUCGAAUUAGCCAAGAAACCCAGCAUCUUGUGUGAAGAGAGAACCAAAGAUUUCAAUGGCGUCAUGGGACAGCCUGGGGGAGCUCUCCAACAUCGCGCAGCUGACGGGCCUGGACGCCGUGAAGCUCAUCUCCCUGAUUGUGAAGGCGGCGUCCACGGCGCGGAUGCACAAGCGCAACUGCCGCCGGUUCGCGCAGCACCUCAAGCUCAUCGGCGGCCUGCUGGGGCAGCUCCAGGUGUCGGAGCUCAGGAAGUACCCGGAGACGCGCGAGCCGCUGGAGCAGCUCGAGGACGCGCUCCGACGGGGAUACCUGCUCGUCAACUCGUGCCAGGACCGCUCCUACCUCUACCUCCUCGCCAUGGGGUGGAACAUCGUCUACCAUUUCCGCAAGGCGCAGAACGAGAUCGACAACUACCUCCGCCUCGUCCCGCUCAUCGCGCUCGUUGACAAUGCCCGGAUUCGGGAUCGACUUGAGUACAUUGAGAGGGACCAAUGUGAAUAUUCUUUUGACGACGAAGACAAGAAGGUGCAAGAUGCUCUGUUAAAUCCUGACCCUUGUACAAAUCCUACGAUAGUGCUCAAGAAGACUCUGUCAUGUUCUUAUCCAAACUUGCCUUUCAAUGAAGCUCUUCGAAAGGAAAGUGAGAAGCUCCAGGUGGAGCUUCAAAGAUCACAAAGCAACAUGGAUCUUAGCUCAUGUGAGGUUAUUCAACACCUGCUUAGAGUAACUCAAACUGUGACAAGUAGCAUUCCAGAGGAAGGUACAGAUGCUAAGAUUUCUGAAAAAAAGGACUCAAGUUACACAGAAUUCAACCAAGAUAGUGCAAAGUCAUAUGACGACGACGACUGUCCUAAGAAGCAAAAAGAUGCCUGCAGUGCACCACGAUGUCCUUCACCAAUUUUAUAUGGCCAUGAUCUGGUCUCAAGUAGAGGAUCACAAAGGGAUGAAUGGCAUGCAGAUUUACUUGGUUGCUGUUCAGAGCCAGCUCUGUGUCUGAAGACUUUGUUUUUCCCCUGUGGAACAUUCUCAAGAAUUGCUUCAGUUGCCAAGAACAGACCAAUGUCUUCGGCAGAAGCCUGCAAUGAUAUUAUGGCAUACUCACUAAUAUUGUCCUGCUGCUGCUAUACUUGCUGUGUACGGAAAAAGCUUCGUCAAAAGCUGAACAUUGCGGGAGGUUUCUGUGAUGACUUCCUAUCACAUUUGUUGUGCUGUUGCUGUGCACUUGUUCAAGAAUGGCGGGAAGUGGAGAUUCGUGGAGCAUAUGGCGAGAAGACGAAGACAACCCCACCGCCCUGUCAAUAUAUGGAACAUUGAGCAGCAACGGGAGGAGACUUGGACUUCUGUAAAGAUAUUGACAAAAAUAGGCAACCUCGUACUGCCAGAGUAGUGAUACAUCAUAAUUAUCUGUUGUAUUUAUGCUUACUGUCCAUUGUUCGUGUUGGUACUUCCAUGGUUCGGUUAUAGUAUCUGUUGGGGCACAAUAUCUACUUUGUAAACAUAUCAGUAACAGGCUGUUGAGAGCCUCAAACACCAGUUAACAUCGUCAGUUCUUGUUUAGAUUGGAAA